UGCUGGACAGAGGGAGGGGAGUGGACAGGACUGAGGUCGGAUGCCUGUGUUUCAGCCCGGGCAGUGAGUGUGGAUGGCUUGGCAGGUGAGCCUGCUGGAGCUGGAGGACCGGCUUCAGUGUCCCAUCUGCCUGGAGGUCUUCAAGGAGCCCCUAAUGCUACAGUGCGGCCACUCCUACUGCAAGGGCUGCCUGGGUUCCCUGUCCUACCACCUGGACACCAAGCUGCGCUGCCCCAUGUGCUGGCAGGUGGUGGACGGCAGCAGCUCCCCGCCCAACGUCUCCCUGGCCUGGGUGAUCGAAGCCCUGAGGCUACCUGGGGACCUGGAGCCCAAGGUCUGUGUGCACCACCGGAACCCGCUCAGCCUUUUCUGCGAGAAGGACCAGGAGCUCAUCUGUGGCCUCUGCGGUCUGCUGGGCUCCCACCAACACCACCCGGUCACGCCCGUCUCCACCGUCUGCAGCCGCAUGAAGGAGGAGCUCGCAGCCCUCAUCUCUGAGCUGAAGCAGGAGCAGAAGAAGGUGGAUGAGCUCAUCGCCAAACUGGUGAACAACCGGACCCGAAUCGUCAAUGAGUCUGAUGUCUUCAGCUGGGUGAUCCGCCGCGAGUUCCAGGAGCUGCGCCACCCGGUGGACGAGGAGAAGGCCCGCUGCCUGGAGGGGAUAGGGGGUCACACCCGUCACGGCCUGGUGGCCUCCCUGGACAUGCAGCUGGAGCAGGCCCAGGGAACCCGGGAGCGGCUGGCCCAAGCCGAGUGUGUGCUGGAACAGUUCGGCAAUGAGGACCACCACGAGUUCAUCCGGAAGUUCCACUCCAUGGCCUCCAGGUAA